GAGACAGGAAAGAGUAAUUUAAAGCAAAUCAACGCGUGAGCACGUGCGCUAUGACGGCGCUAUCGGUCGUCCAGCUCCUGCCUCUCUGUUGUUUCAGGUGUUGACAAGCUCCCGUCCCAACUGCCACCACCGCCGACUAUGGCGGACCUGGACUCGACGACGCCCAGCAAACCGACACCGACGACGACGAACUAGCGGAUCGACUCCGGACACUGGACACUGGACUGGACUGGACUGGACUGAAUUCCCGGAACUUGGACACUCGCGACACAGCGCACUGCCAGGAGCGCCCCAGGCAACGACAUCAUAACGACGCCGCGACCGACUGCAUUGCGCCGGCACUGUUCCGCCUGCACGCGCACGUCUCAUACUGGAGGAUGCGCCGGUAGUAUCGCGCGCCCACGAGCAGCAGCAUGUCGUCCUCACCGCUGCGACCCGGCGCCGAUCUCAAGGAGCAACUGGAAUGGUACAAGACGCAAUAUGCGCAACUGGAGACCGACCUUUCCGACUUUCAAGCCUCGAGCAAAGAGCUUGAGGAGCAGCUGGAGAAGGAUGUAGAGGCGGCUGAAAAGAGCGAACGCAAAUUCAAGGAGCAAGUUGAGAAGCUGAACUUCGAGGUGGAUGAAUGGAAGACCAAGCACAAGCAGGCCAAGGAUGAGGCCAACAGGGCGCAGAAUGCGCUACAGAAGGAGAUCACGGCUAUACGUGAAGAGAACCGCACACUGCAACUGAAACUACGAGAUAUUGAGGUAACGAAUGAUGAUUAUGAACGACAAGCACGGAACACGGAAUUCGAGAAGGACGAUUUGGAAAGCAAGUAUAAUGCCGCAAUCGAGCGCGGCGUCUUGUUCGAGGAGACGAUCAGGCAAGGAGAACAAGAAAGAGAAGGAUUGCGAGUGGAGACUCAGCGACUGAGGGAUGAGCUGGGAGAUCUCAAGGUCGAGAACGAGAUCACGUUGGAGAAAUUGCGCCUGGCUCAGCAGACAAUCGAAGAACUUCGAUCGAGCCGGCCAUCGUCGCUGGCAGUGGGCAAUCUACGAGCGCGAAGCCCAGGCAGCGAAGCCAGCGGUAUGACACCUCUGUCUCCAACCGCGUCGACUCCACCACCAAAGUCUGACACUGCAUCAGAUGCGCCAACACCGCCAUCGCCACCAUUGUCAGAUGCACCUGCAACCGCGAACCUGGAGCAAAAGACGCCCGUGCCGAUGAGAAAGAGGUCACAAUUACCGGACCCAGGGCCAACGCCACGGCAAUCACUCAUGGGCUCGCGCGGUAUUCCAAGACAUUCUCGAGGCCCGUCGUUUGCUUCGAGUACUAGCACGGCACUUUCUGGAACAAUGAAGCCACCCAGUAGACCAAAGACACGGCCCAGCAAUGCGCCGGACAGAUUACCCCGCUCUGAUUCCCUUUACCAGAUUAGAGGACUCAUCGGUAGGAUGCAGAAGAUCGAGGAGCGUGUACAUUCUGCUCGCUCGAAGUUGCCUGCCCCAGGAACACCUCGUGGUUCGCCGCGGGCUGGAUCUGCACUUGGCGACAAUAGCAUCCCGUCUUCAGUCACGGUCCGGCGCAGCAGCAAGCGGCCGAGUGCAUCGACCGCAUCUUCAGUGCUGCAGGAGGAUGAAGGAGAUGCUUCUUCACCUAGUAUCGGAGCACGGCGGGAAAGCCAAGUCAACCGGCUGUCAUAUGGCAUACCGAGACCUGCGUCGUCAAUGUCACGCCGAUCAGACGCACCGGACCGGCCUCCAUCAGCCAUGGAUCGGCCGCCAUCUGCAGCUGGCAUGCGACCUAGCAGCCGAGCGGCUGGAGCGAGGCCCCCGAGUAGGACAGGCGCGCGCACCGAGCUCGGCCAUUAUUCGCGACCAACGACGGCGAGCGCUGCAGCCGCAUCAACAAGACCACGGUCUAGUAUGGCCGGAAGCUAUGGGAUGAGCACGCCUCGUGGGCACAAAACUAGUUCCAGCAUCGCCGAGGAGAGGAAGCAGGAAGCAGAGAGUGAAAAUUCGAUGCUGUCGACGCCACCUAAGCGUAGAACGACACUCGAUAGAAGCGGGCUACCGACCCCGUCGGGCCUGCCUCAGCCAUCAUUUCUAUCCAAAAGUGUGGGACCAGGGGCGAAGCCACCAUCGACGAAGCCCAGGACAAACACCAUUUCCUCACGGACAAGCAGCAGGUUCAGCCCACCGAAAAGCGAUGCUGACAGAAUGCCUCCGCCGCGAAGACGAGAAACAGGAGAUGUUGGCGAGACGUAUUGAAAGAAAGCUUGUGCAGAUGUACAUUGCGGAUUUGCAGUGGCUUAGCGGGAGUUGGCGGGGAUACAGAAUGGUGUCUAGGGCUGAUGAAGGAUUUCUGCUGCUUACUACUUCGCUUUUAGACGUGGGUUACGUUGGACAGCUGGAAGUGUGUCGCAUAGGAUUGAAGUGGUGCACGAGUGAGUCAGAGGGCGAUUGAUUGUGUUUAGAGAUACUCCCUUCGCAGACUGUGCUUCGCAAUUCGCAAAUAUGAAAUGAAGUGAAUACGCUAUUGCCGAGACGUGGUCAAAUAACAUAAGUGCCAGGAUCUGUCAACAUGCAUGCCAAGAUGCCUGCUCGACUAUGAGACAGUGCGCCAAUUGAAGGCUAUUGGAAAUUCUUCAGAUCGAAGCCUGAUCGAAGCUAUUUUCUUAUACUGUCACGAUCGCGACGCCCUUGCCCGGGUUUUGGGAUGUGAAGCCCGAUGAAACCAGUCGCGAUGUGAAUUUCAGCAACCCCGGAUAGCGAGCGCGACACCCCGCCGGACAUGUAUCGGGUUGUUUCCAACGCUACUGGACACUGGUCAUCGACACAUGGCCACACCAGGACUCACAAACGUCUCACUUGGGCCACAGGAAGGCUCACAACAUUGUCUAGAACAGGAAC